AUGAAGAGGCAAUCCAGGAGGCCCACCUCCAGCCGUGAAUCCCCAGAAACAGGGGAGAAGCUGGCGGCGUUCGCGGAGGAAGAGACCCUAACGGCGCGGAAGAUGGAGCCCGACGAGGCCGAGAUGGACGACGUGGAGGACGAGGAGGAGCUGGCCGGCGGGCGCGGCGCGGCGCGGUCGUCGUGCGGUCUCGGGGAGAAGAAGCGGCGCCUGUUGCAGGAGCAGGUGCGCGCGCUGGAGCGGUGCUUCGAGACGAACAACAAGCUGGACCCGGACCGCAAGGCCCGCAUCGCGCGCGACCUCGCCCUGCAGCCGCGCCAGGUCGCCGUCUGGUUCCAGAACCGCCGCGCCCGCUGGAAGACCAAGACGCUCGAGCGCGACUUCGCGGCGCUGCGCGCGCGCCACGACGCCCUCCGCGCCGACUGCGACGCGCUCCGCCGCGACAAGGACGCACUCGCCGCCGAGGUAUGUGAUUUCUGUCACCGCCGGUCAGCCGUCUACUCUUUGGUCUUGUCGGGGGCCAACCUGUCACUCACUGAUGUGUCGUUUCGGCGCGCGCGCGGUCCUCAGAUAAGGGAGCUGAGGCAGAAGCUGCUGUCCAAGGCGCCGGAGGCUGCGGUGAAGCUGGAGGCGACGACGGGCAAUGACACGGCGGAGGAGCGCCAGACGACGGCCGGCGCGCCGCCCGCAGGGGUCUGCAAGGACGGCUCCUCGGACAGCGACUCCAGCGUGGUCUUCAACGACGUCGAGGCGUCGCCGUACUCCGGCGCGGCGUUCGAGCAGCCGGCCUUCGUCGGGUUCGGUGCACCGUUCUUGGACACAUCGGCGGCGGCACCGACAGGCUGCUCGUCUCCCCCAGUGUUCGAGACCAAGUGGCAGCACGGGCCGAUGACAUACCAUUUCGACUCGUACAAGCCCUGCGCCGGCUAUGGCUUCACGGAGGAGUGGCUCGGCAGCUCGGAUGUCAUCGGCAACGACGGCGCGGCGGGCUUCUUCUCCGAGGAUCACGCCUCCAGCCUCAACUUUAGCUGGUGCGCGAGUGGCGGCGUGCAGGGAUGGGAGUGA